GUGUGCCAAAGUAAGCAAAAAUUGUCUGAAUAAACCCUACCUGAUGGAGUGCUUGCACUCGCUGCAAUUAAUUUGGGUGAUUUCAGUUUGAGAAAAUAGCAGCAAAGCGAACUUAUCUUUUAUCAGAUUAAUACUCCUAAACCCUCCAAACUGAUAAGGUAAAACAGUACACGGUUAAUUCAAUUAACGGCUGUGUUAACAAAUGCGCGGGUUCAAUUGUGUCCUUUUCAAUUACUCGGCCUAAAUUGUUUACGAUUGUGCACUUGUUAACGCUCGCCAUCAUGUGGUUAGCAUUCCAUCAGUGAGCGCCCGAAAAUGGAACAGAGACUAAGCAACUUUCGGAGUCUCUUUAAAUCGUCUCCAGCCCCUGAAAGCGACCCCAGCGAGCCCGAAAUCGGCUUCAAACUGACUUUUUCCAAAACGUCCAAACAGCUAAAAGUCAAAGUGUUGAGUGCGAGACACCUCCCAGUGAAUUACGGUGCGAUUAAACCGCAUGGAUACUUAGUCAAGAUCACAGUUUUCCCGGAAAAGGAAAAAUAUGAAACGUCAGUUGUGAAGGAAUCGUGGCCGACUUUCAACGAGGAGUUUCCCUUUACGCUGCAUUCGGCGUCCAGGUACUACCAGGAUUAUUUCAAGGGGAAGUUUAUUUCCUUCACCGUUUAUGCGGUUUUGGAGAAUACAACUGAAACAGUGGCUAGGAAAAAUCAAACCAGUCGCUUGAAACGGUUUUUCUCAUUUAGCGAGUUCGGGGAAACCCCGAAUAGGUUCAGGAGGAGCUUUAGGCAUUCGCUGAAUAGUCGCAGGACUAUUGGAGCGGUUACUUAUAAUCUGGACGCGAAAAUUUUUAACCAGAAGCUGGGAGAUGAUCUUAUUUACACUCCGGAUAUUUGGAGAGGGAUCAAAGAGAUUACCAGCGGGAUCCAAACAGAACCGCGCGAGGGCAAAAACGGCAGCUUGGAAAUGACCCUCUCGUACAACAUCAGCGAGGACCGCAAGAACGACGUGGUGGAGAUCAGCGUGACGAAGUUCCGGUGCAGCUUACAAACGAUGCAAAAGCACGAAAAGCUCGGAGGCCAGCUGUACAUCAAAAUCACGGCUUCGGAGCAAGCCGACGUCGUACAGAAAAUGAAGAGUGACAAAUUCGAGCCGACGAUUUCGCUCAAACUGGAAGCCAACACGGCCACACUUCGGGCCACAGUCAACAACGACAACUUGGAGCAAGUCAGGAUUCUGGUGCGGCUCAUUUGUAGGAACAUUCUGGGCAAGAAAAUCGUUCUGGGGAAGGUUGAAAUCGACAGCAAUAGCGACUUGUGGAAGGAGAUUGUGAAAACUCCGUCUGUGCCCAUAACACGGAUGAUCAACUUGGAGUGAUUUUGUACUUAGGGAAAGCGAACCGAAAAGACUGUACGUGGUGCCAAUGUCGGAUUAUUUAUUGUAAUUUAUACUCAAUAAAAAUUUUGAAUUAUG